AUGAGUGAUGGUCAGAGCAACUUUGCCAAGCUGAAGCGCAAUUUAGCGUUUCUGAAUGAGAAAAAUAAGAAUAAUAAGAUUAGAGUCAGUGAAUCGCGCCUAAUUGCAUCUUUAUAUUUUUCCCAUGUCCUCCCAUCGUCAUUUGGAAAAUUAAUAUUGGCACCGUUCACUAGGUUGUCCCUUAUGCAACAAAUAGGACUGCGUAGCAAUAACUUAUGGGGUAAUGGUUGGAAAGGAGUUCAUUUGCAUCUAUCAGUAGGUCUAGUAUAUCCUGCUGUCAAGCUAUUAUCCAAUAGAUCAGAUUCGUACGUAUCAACUAAUACUAUGGGCCUCACGGAUUAUUGCUUAAGAAAUAUAUUGUCUACAAGCUUUGGGUUCUUCUUAGUAUAUCCGUUAGAUGUGGCCUACACUUAUAUCGCAUUGGCCAAUCACAAGGUUACACUAAGAAGUUACUUAAGGCAUACAUUCAACACUCAGGGUCUCGCUGGAAUUUAUAAAGGUUGCUCAUUUGGUCUAUUAGCAACCUUUCCUUAUACCGCUAUAGCUACACUGAUCAAUGACAAUCUACAAAGAAGAAUAAAAUCAACUGUUGAGGUGCCAAGCCUAAACAUUGAUGGUAAAAAUAUGGAUGUUGACAAGAAUAUUAUCGCUAAAAAACUUUACCCGGUGUCAUUUUAUCCCUGGAAUAUAAUAGCAGGGUCAGUAUCCUCUUUAUUGGCCCUAGGAGCAACUUAUCCAAUUGAUACAAUCAGAAGGGGGUAUAUAAUUGGCAGCAAUGGCUGCAACAGCGCAAUUAAUAGCAUCAAAAGCACUCUUAAAUCGGGGAUCCGUGGCAUGUACGGCGGAUUUCUUACACGCUUUCUUAUCUAUAUCCCAUACACAUUCAUUUAUAUUGGCACAUACAAGCCCAUAACUCAUCUACUUACAUAA